UGGCAACUCUCUCGACCACAAAAGCAAAACAAAGCAAAGCAAACGCAAUUGCGUCUCAAACGUUAGGAUAAAACCAAUUUAGAUCGCUCUUGGAAAUCAAAAAUGUCGGAAAUUAAGGCGUUGGAGCACGCCACCCUCAAGGUGCCAUACGAGAUGUUGAACAAGCGCUUCCGUUCUGCACAGAAGAUCAUCGACCGAGAGGUGGAUCAAGUAACAAAUGUCUCAAGGCAAGUGGAAAAGGCUCUGGAGGCGGAGGGUCCCAUUCUGGCGGAUGUGACCAAGCUGAUGGGUAACGUGGCCCAGAAGCUGCAGGUACUGAAGCGCAAGGCCGAGGAGAGCAUUGCUGACGAGUUGAGCGUGACACAGAUUUGCAAACGCAAGCUAGAGCACCUCAAGGGCAUAACGCCCCCGAACAGUGUGACUGGGGACCUCUGGCAGGGGUCGGUGGACCAGUGGAAGCGCAUUCGCUUAGAUCGCUUGGUCAUCGAACACUUGCUGCGCAUGGGCUACUAUGAAACGGCCGAGGAGCUGGCUGCCAGAUCGGAUGUGCGUCACCUUACCAACCUGGACAUCUUCCAGACUUCUCGCGAAGUGGAGGAUGAUUUGGCCAAUCACAGCACCACUAAAUGUGUCCUGUGGUGCAUCGACAACAAGUCAAAGCUGCGUAAAAUCAACUCAACCAUUGAGUUCAGCCUGCGGGUGCAGGAGUUCAUUGAGCUGGUGCGUCAGAAUCAACGUUUUGAGGCGGUGAAGCACUCGCGACGCUACUUCCCCGCCUACGAGAAGACUCAGCUUAACGAGAUCUGCCAUGUCAUGGCUCUCCUGGCGUACCCAGCCGACUCCGAGGUGGAACACUACCGCAAGUACAUGGACCCCCAACGCUGGCAAAAGCUGGUGCUGGACUUCCGCCAUGAGAACUACCGCCUCUUCCAACUAUCGACCACCUCAGUCUUCUCGGCAGCCGUACAAGCCGGACUCUCGGCCCUGAAGACACCCCACUGCUACACCCAGACCUGCCGCAACCUUAACUGCCCUGUGUGCCAGGAGGAUCUCAACCGUAUCGCCCUCAAGCUGCCAUAUUCGCACUGUGUCCAGAGCAGGCUCAUCUGCCGCGUGACGGGCUUGCCCCUCAACGAGCACAACCAGCCGAUGAUGCUGCCCAACGGUCAGAUUUUCGGUCAGAUGGCUUUGCCGGACAUCACCAAAGACGACGGCACCGUGACCUGUCCGGUGACCAACACCAAGUUCUCUAACCCCAAGAUCGAAAAGGUCUUUGUGAUGUAAGGGGCCUGAGCUAAGAAAUUCUCUGAUGGUCGGUCACCCCGUAAAUUAAGCAAUGUCUACUUUAUUUUUGAACAUGUAACUCCAUAUCUAUUGUGUACACCUAUGACUUAUACUAUUACUAUUAAUAUUAUUAUUGAUAAGCAGCGCCGAGACCACGGUCGCCCUCAAUUUGAAUUCCGAUUCCGAUAGGUUUUCGGUUGACUUUUGGUGCUGCGCCGGCGCAGGUCUAUUGAUUGAUUGAGUCCACCAUCCAUGGACUGGUGGCAGCGCAGUCAGUGCGUCGUGGUUGAUUCUCGCGAACGGCGUAAUUCGACUCCUCUGAAGAAGUGGCACACACUAUGCACAUCUAACACCACUCAUAUAUUAUAUCAAAUAAAGGUUAAAUCGUAUGAAAUAAGCAGAAA